GACUCUCCUUCCAGAGCUCGGCAAGUCAUCGCCAGUCCUUCCCCAUCAAAGCACACACACACACUCGGCUCCUGGCUGUUUUUGUCACCCCAGCCAGACAUGGUGAAGCCUGGAUGUAACCUCUCUGAGAAGGCAGAGAAAGAGCACAGUGCAGACGAUGGGUUUGAUAACAUCCCUCUGAUAACCCCUCUGGAUGUUAAUCAGCUUCAGCAGCCUAUCCCCGAGAAGGUCGUGGUGAAGACCAGGACAGAAUAUCAGCUGCAACAGAAGAAGAAGAAAAAGCUACACAUCCCCGGAAUUAAGAAACUGAACAUUAACCUUUAUGAUGAAGUCUCAGAAAAAGUCAAGCUCACUGGAUUGAUUCUCAUUACAAUGGCAUUCCUGGCCUGCCUGUUAAUGCUGGUCAUGUACAAGGCAUUCUGGUAUGAUCAGCUAAGCUGCCCAGAGGGUUUUGUAUUUAAGCAUAAGCACUGUACUCCUGCAGCUCUGGAGAUGUAUUACUCGGAGCAGGAAGCAGGUUCUCGUGGAAGCCUCUACACAGUUAUUAGCCACUUAAGCCAGGCUAAGAGAACCAUGCCCGAUCUGUCAUCGCCAUGGCUACCAGUGCUUCCUGCUUUGAAAGGACCAGCAAAAUCAAAAGAGGAACCUAACAGCUCCCAUCAAUAAAGAAGGAAGACAAAUUCAUCUCAUUGUUCACUGAAGUUCUGAAGUACUCAAGCAUUACAUAAUCCUCUUUACAAAGAAAAGUUCUUUCUUUUAAGGAUGUGUAUGUAUGUGCGGGAUAUCUGC